AUGUUAGUUUUUGCUGCCUAUCCUAGCGCAGAGGACAUCGAAGACUUCAAAAAUGUAUCAUAUUAUAUCAACUCAAAUGGAUACAAACCAUUUUUCGUAUCCUCUUUAAUUCCUAGAAGAAAGGAGGUCAUUGUCAAGUCAAGAGUGCUAAUAGUGGCUUGCAUAAACUUGGUAUUCAAUUUGAUAUGUGGCAUGCUUGCUAUGGUACUCUGCACCAUCUGUAUGUUGGCAGCCGUGAAGAAGGCAACAAGCAGCUCAAAGUCUAUGCGCCUCCAAAACCAACUGCAAAAGCUACUAUUUGUACAGUUUCUUAUCCCCUUCAUCUGUAUACAAGUGCCAUUUUUCACAUGCUGUCUGGGACCACUUGUGCAGCUAGAAAUCACAGGAACGGACACUGGAUCAGUGGCAGACUAUCUACCAUUUCUCUUUGCAUGGCCUCCAGCAUUGAAUCCCGCAGCUGUUCUUUACUUCGUAAGAGACUUAUGGACUCCUGUGCGACACUUUCUAUUUUCUUCGAGAGUGGAACCAGUCGCUGUUAGCAAAGUUUCCAUUACACAGAAGCCACCAGCAGUUACGAAAUAG